ACAUAAUCUUGUUAGAAAAGAUUGAUAGUAAUUUUAAUAAUCGUGAAAUUAUAGCUUCAUAAUAUUUGGAUUGCAUCGUAAGAUAUUAAUUUAUUCUAGAGCAGAUUUGGGGUUAGUUGAGGUUUCUUGGAAAUUCAAAAAUUAUUAAUAUGUAGAGCAUAGAAAGUAGCCUACCUUACAAUAAUAGUGAAAAACUGAAGUUUUAAAUUUUUCGUUGUUGAGGUUAUGGUAUCCAGCUAAGAGUGACCAUUUAUCACUAAAGAAUACGGAAUUUUACAAUCACUGAAGAAUGGAGAAUGGAAAAAUGUUUGGCUCAAUGAGUUCAAACGUAAUCAACAACGAAUUAUUUCCUGAGAUGAUGUACAAUUCAGUGCGCCAUGCAAAAAUUAUGUGCACCAUCAACCCAGACUUCACUGUCUCCGAAAUAGAAAAUAUGAUCUUAGCAGGGAUGGAUAUCGCACGCAUAGACUUUUCUCUCCACGAUCAAAGUAUUUACAAGAAAAUAAUUGAUAACGUGAGAGAAGCAUCCAAAAAUGUGAGCGCCAAAUCAAAGUUUCUAGUACACGUUUCAAUAGCAGUUGACACAAAAGGCCCAGAAAUACAGACGGGAGCUUUAGAGAAUGGACAUGUGUUCCUGGAGAGUGGAGCUGUGAUAACCCUGACAACAGACGAGAAAUUCAAAAUGAAAGGUAAUGCGAAAUUUCUGUACAUAGAUUAUGAGGAUCUGACCAAUGUUGUUGAUCCAGGAGUGAGGUUGUACAUUAACAACUGCUCCAUAAUGCUGGUGGUAGACCGAGUGGACGAGCCCAAUCUCAUCUGCACCAUUGUUGACGGAGGCUGGUUGGGCAGCUACAAAGAUGUCAAGGGUCAGGGCAUAUUCAGGAAGAAACUGGAUUUCACACCAAAAGACAUUUCUGAUUUGGAGUUUGCAAUCAGCCAAAAAGUGGAUUGCAUAAUGAAUUCGUACACCAUGUCUGCUGAAUCCAUUGUCAGAAUAAAGCAGAUGUUGUUCGAUUACAAAAUGACUGGAGAAAUUUUAGUGUUUGCUAAAGUUGAGAACAAAUUUGGGGCGAAACGUUUGAAAGAGAUACUGCAGGUUGCAGACGGUAUUGUUCUUUCAAGGAUGGAUUUAUCUGUGGAGUUUGCUAGAGAAUCAGUGUUCUACCACCACAAGUCUCUGCUAGAUGUGUGCAACCAGCUUGGGAAGCCCUUUGUAAGUUUCGACCCGAUACUACCAUCUAUGACUGUAUCUCCUGUGCCUGAAUUCACCGACUUGAGUGAUCUGGGGCAUCUGAUAAUGCUGGGUGUAGAUUGUCUCAUGCUGUCCAAUGAGAACUGUCAGUAUUUGCUGGAAUCGAUCAAAUACACAGAUAAGAUGUGUUUGGAGGCGGACGCCUGUCUGAGCAUCUCCAAUGACAGCGUGUCGCUGUUUAGGUCGUCGGUGGAGGGCAAUUCGGCAGUGGCAUACAUGGCGGUGCAGUCGUCAAUCCAAUGCAAGGCGAGUGCGAUCGUGACGCUGCCGGUGCCGGUCAUCGGCAAAGUGGUGAAGCUCAUGUCCAAGCUGCGUCCACAGUGCUCAGUAAUCGCCGUCUGCAGCAGUGCUAAACCAAUCAGUGACAUGCGUUUCUACCGGUCACUCAACCCCGUUCUUUUCGAAGAGCCCGUCGGCAACAACUGGGAAGACUAUUUGGAGAGAUGUCUUAAUUUUGCGUUGCAGUACGGCAUGAACCUCGGCAUGAUUGAAACUGGCGACUUGGUGGUGGUUGUUAGCAGCUGGAAGCCAAAUACUGGACUUUUAAAUACCAUCAAAGUAGAACAAUGCAAUUUAGAGGAUAAUUAAUUACUGUUCUUGUAAAACAUUUCAUUCUCUUGUGUUAUCAUGUUGCCAACUCUCUCAAGUUAACAAUAAAUUCUACAUUGAAUUG